UGAAAACGAAAUAGAACAAAAACAAAAACCGCAGUUUGGGAACGAGAUUGGGAAGAAGGCGCCUAUCCUUUGUAGAGAAGGAGCGCAAGGUACUCACUGACACGUGAUGCGAUGCAAGAAAUCCAUCCGCCGCCGCCGGCGGGAAAGAGCCAAUAAAGCGGUGAGUUUGGCGCGCGAGAGCUUCCCAAGGAUGCGGCCGCCGGCGAGGCAAGGUCCCGAAGGAGCGGCGAAGGGCGCCUGUUGCAGUGACUGACAGACGCACAGACAGCCUCCUCAGCUGCUUCCCCCUCUCAUUCGUCCACCCGUCUGUCUGUCUGUCCCCAACUGACAGGGGCUCCUCAGGCGCGCCUCACUUCUCGCCUCACUUGAAGCUCAGCGUCCGAGGGAGACGCACGCCUGGAGAGCGCGCCUGGGGCCAUGGACAGCUCCUGGGAAGAGCGCGGGAACCUCACGGUCCCCUCAGGGAGCGAGAGCCCCGUCCCCAGCCCGGCGGCGUCGUGGGCGCCCACGGCCGGCUUGGCGCCCCGGGAAGACAGCGGCUCUGCGUCUUUCUGGAACACCCCUUUGAACCAGGCUCUGAGCGUCUUCGUGGCGCUGGCUCUCUUCGUGGCCAUGCUGGGCUUGGGCUGCACGGUGGAGCUGAGCCAGCUGGGCGCGCAGCUGAGGCGGCCCCUGGGCUUGCUGCUGGCGCUGCUGUGCCAGUUCGGGCUCAUGCCCUUCGUGGCUUUCCUGAUGGCGCUGGUCUUCGCCCUCGACGAGGUGGCAGCCGUCACCGUCCUGCUGUGCGGGUGCUGCCCCGGGGGGAACCUCUCCAACAUCAUGUCGCUCCUGGUCAACGGGGACAUGAACCUCAGUAUAAUCAUGACCACAUCGUCUACGUUGCUUGCUCUGGUUUUGAUGCCUCUUUGCCUGUGGAUCUACAGCCGGGCCUGGAUCAACACCCCGUUAGUGCGCCUGUUGCCUCUAGGCGCCGUCACCAUGACCUUAUGCAGCACUCUGCUCCCCAUCGGCAUUGGGGUCUUCAUCCGAUACAGAUUCACCAGGGUGGCAGACAUCCUGCUGAAGGUUUCAUUGUGGUCCCUCCUGGUAUCCCUGGUGAUCCUUUUCAUUCUAACCGGUACCAUGUUGGGACCUGAUCUGCUGGCUACUAUCCCUGCUACUGUCUAUGUAGUAGCUGUGCUGAUGCCCUUGGCUGGCUAUGGCUGUGGUUAUGGCAUAGCAACCUUAUUUCACUUGCCACCUCACUGCAAGAGGACAGUGUCACUGGAGACCGGCUGCCAAAACGUACAGCUCUGCACCGCUAUACUCAAACUGACCUUCCCUCCAGAGCUUAUUGGGAGCAUGUACAUGUUCCCCUUGCUCUACGCUCUCUUCCAGGCUGCAGAAGCUGGUCUGUUUGUAUUGGCCUAUAAGGUGUACGGCAAGGAUUCCUACAAACAAGAGCCUCUAGUAGGGGAAGAAGAAGAGGAUACGAACAUUUCCUACAAAAAACUGAAGGAAGAAGAAAUGCCAGAUACUUCCUAUGGCACUGUGACUGCCGAGGGCCAUGCCUCAGUGCUCAUGGAACCGAUGCAGACUGCCCUCUAGAGGAAGGGAGGACCUGAACUGGAAAUCCUGUUGUGGGAUAAUGUAGCAAACUGUUCAGUCAAAGGAGGAGGCAGGGAGAUGAUGGCACGAAGCAGUUGCUGUAAUCUUGAUUCCCUCAGCAUAUAUGGUUUGUAAAAAUGCCAAUAUUUUUGUCCAUGAAUAGCAAGUCACCUGUGACCACCUCCUCAGCUACCACAAAGAAUCAAUAUGAGCCAUCACAAUAAAGUAUACUGAAAUGCAAGCAAGCAGGAAGGCUGCAUGCUGAAGAGAGGGGUUUUAUAAGGUAAUUUUAAAGACUAGUAUGAGAGGGAGGGAAGAGAAGAACAGGGGAAUUAAUGCUGAUAGUAUUUGUUCUUGUGUAAAUGAAUGUCACCAACAUUUGCUGUUUAAAAGCUUUGUAUCUGUUUUACAUUAUUCAGCUUCUGUGUAUGUGGAAAGGUUGAACUCAUGUUGUAUAUUUACCACUGAUUAAAUUUCUUCUGAAGAUACCAAGCCAUUAAGAGGA